AUGCGGGGACUAGAUCUUGGCCCUAUCUCUAACGGGACUGGCUCUGUUGUCGCAAAUCCCACUAGGCUUGAUAGGGAAUAUCGUGCGCCUGUCAUAGUUGGUAAGAACACCUUACUACUUAACUUUGACACUACCCAUGAUGAACUAUGGGUCUUUACCAAGGGAACUGAAGGCCUUGGAGCCCAUAAUGUCUAUGAUACGCGCACUGGAAAUCAGUUAACUGGUUAUACCUGGAGUCUAAACUACGGAGACGGUGGCAAUGUCCGUGGUUUGGUCUACAAGGACAAAGUUGAGGUUGGCGGCGCCGUCGUCUUUGGACAGACCGUCGAGGCCGCGCAGUACGCUAGCCCAUCAGUGACCUACAAUAUGGAGGGCGAUGGUGCCUUGGGAUUGGCCUUGUCUAGUAAUAAUCAGAUUCACCCCAUACCACAAAAUAAUUUUUUUGAGAAUGUCAAGGGCUCCCUUAAGGAGCCUCUGUUUGCUGUUUCUCUUAAACACCACAGACCUGGUACCUAUGACUUUAGUUUUACUGAUCCUACUAAGUAUAUAGGCGAGAUUGACUUCACGUCUGUUAAUACCGAUAGGGGCUUAUGGCAGUUUAUGACCGAUGAGUACUGUGUUAGGGACUGUGGUGAUUUCGCACGUGGAAUGGGCUUUAGUGCUGUUCUGGACUCUGCUAUCAGCCUUAUUAUCGUCAACCAUGAGGUGGUCACCAACUACUACAGUUUUAUUCCAGAUGCCCACUUCUCGGGCGCGGUCGGUGGUAUUGUAUUUCCAUGUAAUAUUGACCCUCCAGACUUGAUUAUCAAGAUUGGUAACUACGCUGCUACCGUUUCGGGUGAAUAUAUAAAGUAUGCUGAGUUGGGUGAUGGGUAUUGCUUUGGAGGUAUCCAGUCCGACAACGGCUACGGGAUUAACAUUCUAGGUAGUAUCUUCUUCAAGGGUUCAUACAUUGUUUUCGCCAACGAUAAAAAACCACUGCUUGGAUUCGCUGCUCAAGCUUAA